CCAGCGGAACCCCCCCAAACAGGGCCGGAUCGUGCAUUUUCUUCAACUGCAUCAGCAGCACACCAGUUUUCCGGACCUCGCUCUGGUGCUUCUCCUCCUUCGCAAGAAGAAACAGAAAGACCGACUUGCGCGCCAGGAGGGCCAUGCGAUCUUAAUAAGACGUUUCCCCCCCCAAGAAGUAGCAAAGACUACCCUCAGCGCCGCCAGUACCGUCCAGCUCCCCAAGCGAUCAACAUGUCACAGGUCGCCUCCCAGAACCGGUUCGCCUACCUUGGCAACGACUCCGAUGGCGAGGAGAAGCCCGUCGUCCCUGUCAAGACCGUCGACAAGGCCACAACCCGCACUACUAAGCGCAAUGUCGAGCCUCAGGCCCCCCAGGCCCCUGUGAGGACUGGCGGCAACCGCCGUGGUGGCCCCGGCGGAAGCGAGGGCGCUUUCCGUGACCGCGCCGCUGGUCGGGAACGCAACCAGGGCCGUUCCACCGAGGAGACCCCUAGAGAUGGUCCUCGUGGCGGUCAGGGUGCUCGCGUCCGUGGAGGACGUGGCGGACGAUUCCCCCGCGAUCGUGACGACAGACAUCCCCACAAGUCCGGUACCACCACUGGCUCCGAUAAGCAAGCCGCUCAGUCUUGGGGUGCCACCGAAGGCAAUGCCGAGCUUAAGGACGAGCAGGCCGGUGAGGCCAUUGCCGAGUCUGAGAAGAAGGAUGAGCAGCCUGAGGAAGCCGCUGCCGAGGAGCCCGCUGAGCCCGAGGACAAGAGCAUCUCCUACACCGACUACCUCGCCCAGCAGGCCGAGAAGAAGGCCGGCCUGGAGUCUGACCUUAACAUCCGUGCCGCCAACGAGGGAAGCAAGCUCGACAAGAAGUGGGCCAACGCCAAGCCUCUCGAGAAGGAUGAGGAUGUUUACUUUGCCGGCUCCGGCGGCAAGAAGCAGCGUGAGCGUGAGCGCAAGGUGAAGCAGACCGUCGACUUCGACCCCCGCUUCGUCGAGCCUGAGCGAACCCGUGGCGGCGGCCGUGGUGGCCGUGGUGGCCCUCGUGGAGGCCGUGGAGGUGAGCGUGGCCGUGGAGGAAACUUCCGCGGUGGACGUGGUGGCCAGGGCGCUUCUAUCAACACCAGCGACCAGUCUGCCUUCCCCAGCCUCGGUGGCAACUAAACUGCCCGCGACUCACGAGUCCUCAAAGACCCUUUCCUUGGCUGAUGGAUCGGGCACCUUAUCUCGCUUCCCACAUUUAGAGAGACCAAAAAAAAAUCCCCAAUGUGUGUGGAGGACGCUUAAGCCUUUUAUGUUUUGAUAGUUGAUCAAAAAAAAAGAGAAAAAGUUUGACCAUGUAUUCUCGACGGUUUGGUCGUUUCCGCUGGGUGUCGAUGGGACUCAAUUUUACAAAUGGCUGAAUUAUGCUAUAUUCCCCCCCCUUUUUCCCUGAGUCUCCUUUUUUAACUUAGGUAUAUUUGCACACCAAGUGGUUUCUCCCGCUUUUUUUCCCCCGUACUUAGGAAAGGAAGUAGGAGAGAGAGAAAACAGAAAAGAAGUUUACGUUAUUGUU